AGUUAUUUCAAGUCAUAAGAGCUGUGAACUUUUACUGAGUAAAAGAAACCAUAAUUGCAACGAAAAUGUCACAAGCAGAUAUGAAAAUCGAAGAACUCACUAACGAAGCACAACGUGGUGAACUUUUGGAGGGUCCACAUUGGGAUGUUGAAAGACAAAGUUUAUAUUAUGUUGAUAUUGUGGCUCCAGCCAUCUUUCGUUAUGAUUACAAGAAUGGAGAAAUUUAUCGAGCGACAAUUAAAGAUAAUAACGCUGCUAUUGGAUUCUUCAUUCCCGUUGAGGGAACAACCGAUGAAUUCGUCAUUGGUGCUAAUCGUGAAGUUCUUUUGAUCAAAUGGGAUGGAAAGUCAAGCCAAGCUUCAAUUUCGAAAGUUCUUGUUGAAGUUGAUAAAGCUUUCAGUGGCAAUCGUUGCAAUGAUGGGAAAGUUGAUCCAUCAGGAGUUUUGUUCUUUGGCACAAUGGGCGAUGAAUCAAAGUAUGAUUUGUCAAAAACACGAGUUGGAAGUUUCUAUCGUUUUAAAGACUCCACAACUGGAGCUUUUGAACUGAAGAACGAGAUUGGAAUCAGUAAUGGUUUAACUUGGGAUGAAACUAAUAAAAAGUUCUUCUACAUUGAUUCAGUCACUCGUGAUGUGAAGGUUUAUGAUUACAAUCAAACAACAAGUGAAAUAUCAAAUGAAUCAAUUUUAAUUGACUUCAGUAAAAGUCAUAGUGGAAGUUCCUUUGCACCUGAUGGCAUGACAAUUGAUGAAAAUGGAAUCAUUUAUGUUGCGACAUGGAAUGGAUCUCGGAUUAUUGUCAUCAACCCAAUUACAAAGAAAAUUAUUCAAGAAAUUCCCAUGCCAACAGCUCAAGUGACUUCAUUGGCAUUUGGUGGUCCAAACUUUGACAUUUUAUUCGUAACAACAGCUGGAAAACCAAAACCAAAACUUCCACCAGCUGGUGGACUUUUCAAAAUCACCGGACUUGGUGUCAAAGGAUUACCAAUGAAAAGUUUUAAACAUUAUUAAUUACAUAUUUAAUUAAAUCUUUUUAUUUCACGUUUUGAGAGAAAAAGAAAAAUGCAUUUUAAACGGGAAUAAAAUGAAUGCAAAUUUAAACAGUUGAAAA